GGCUGAGGCGCGGCGGCACGGUGAGGCGCUGUCAGAGCCGCGCUGAGAGGUCCGCCCAGCUCCGCACCGGGAUCCGCCGCCGCCGCUGCCAUGGAGCCCCAUCGCUGGCUGCCCCUGGAGGCCAACCCCGACGUCACGAAUCAGUUCCUGAAACAGUUGGGUAUACAUCCUGACUGGCAGUUUGUAGAUGUUUAUGGUAUGGAACCAGAACUGCUUAGCAUGGUGCCAAGACCUGUAUGUGCAGUACUACUUCUCUUUCCAAUAACAGAAAAGUAUGAAACCUUCAGAACAGAGGAAGAAGAGAGGAUAAAAGCUAAGGGACAAGAUGUCAAAUCAUCAGUGUAUUUCAUGAAGCAGACCAUUAACAAUGCUUGUGGGACAAUUGGGCUCAUUCAUGCUAUUGCAAACAACAGAGAUAAAAUGAACUUUGAAACUAAUUCUUCACUGAAAAAGUUCCUAGAAGAUUCAUUAUCUAUGACUCCUGAAGAGAGGGCCAAAUACCUAGAAACUUAUGAAGCUAUUCGUGUCACUCAUGAAUCCAGUGCCCAUGAAGGUCAGACUGAGGCACCAAGUAUAGAUGAAAAAGUAGAUCUUCACUUUAUUGCAUUAGUUAAUGUAGGUGGUCAUCUCUAUGAAUUGGAUGGGCGCAAGCCAUUUCCAAUAAACCAUGGGGAAACCAGCGAUGACUCUUUUUUAGAGGAUGCAAUAGAAGUUUGCAAGAAAUUCAUGGAACGUGACCCAGAAGAAUUAAGAUUCAAUGCAAUUGCACUGUCUGCAGCUUAAAAGCCUUUUCCUGUGAGGCAACUCUAUUGCAAUGUAUUGUAAGAAUAAAACCAUUGCCAUAUGUUAAUAGUACAAAUUUUGAUACUUCCCUAACAUCUUGACUAAUUGUAGCAUACGUGGAAUAAACUUUGCAUUUGUCCUUGCUAUAUUUUGCUGCUUGUUCCUACUGCAACUUUGGGUAUUUCUAUACAGGCAUGCAUUUUGUGCAAGAUUUUUAUGUGGUGGGUUUUUUCCCUUCCACCCCCUUAAAAGUUUUGGGACUUACUAUCUGUGAUAUUUCCUUGUAAUAAUGAUGAGCUGCUUCAGAGCAGGAUUGUCAUUUGUAUCAUGCACAGGUAACAUUCUGAGUGGAGUAUGGUGAUAUGGCUGAAAACUUGGAGUAUGAGGUUAUCUCCAUCCUUUAUUUAUAAUGGUGCAAGAAUACUAUAAGAACUUCUUCAGGUGACUCAAGUGAAAAAAAAAACAUUUUUUCAGUGCAUUAUUUUAAAAUAAAUGUGUGGAAGAAAAUAGGCAGAAAAAGGACUAUUCUUACUGUUGGUGAGCACUAACAUUUUAAAAUUAUCUUAAUGUUUACAUUUUGAAUAAAAACUUCACUUUGUUUCUCAAGUCUAAUAAUGUUAAUAAAUUGUCAAAAACUAGUUAAACCAAUGCUUGCUAUUUAUAUUAUAUGUGGAAAAAUGACAUGGGUUUUUGCCCCCGAAAAGGCACAUUAAGAAAUUCAAAUGGUAGGACUGUGGAGGGCACACACAUUUGAAUACAGCAAUGUGAAGUACCUCACCUAACUGAAAUAAAUGAUAGAAAAAUGA